AUGUCGUUCUUCAAACGGAAUUUCACAAAAGAAAAAACAGAACAUAUAAUUCUUCAAAUAUGGCCGGUUCGACAAUUAGAUUCUUUAUUUUCAUGUCUACAAGAUAGUACAACAGCUAUUCCAGGUGCCUUUGCUUAUGAAAAAACUGUUAUUUGUCAAUCACUAUCGAAAUUUUUGAAGAGUGAUGCUAUUGUUUGUGUUAGUUUUGAUAAACGUGGAUAUAAAAUGGCUCAAGUAUUUACGUGA